ACCCAGCUUUCUUUUCAGUGCGGAGCGGGUAGAUGGUGCCACACAAACUGUGCUGAUUUUUCAAGUGGCACCAGUUUAACAUAACGGGAAUCGGAUAAAAGACACCAUGGGCAUAAAAUUUUUAGAGGUCAUAAAGCCGUUUUGUGCGGUCUUACCUGAGAUUCAGAAACCAGAGAGAAAGAUUCAGUUCAGGGAAAAGGUGCUAUGGACUGCCAUUACGCUCUUCAUCUUCCUGGUGUGCUGCCAGAUACCCCUCUUCGGCAUCAUGUCGUCAGACUCCGCUGAUCCUUUCUAUUGGAUGAGAGUUAUCCUGGCUUCUAACAGAGGUACUCUGAUGGAGCUGGGUAUCUCACCCAUCGUUACGUCUGGUCUUAUCAUGCAGCUGCUAGCUGGAGCCAAGAUCAUUGAGGUUGGAGACACCCCCAAGGACAGAGCACUCUUCAACGGAGCACAGAAAUUGUUUGGAAUGAUCAUCACCAUUGGACAGGCCAUCGUCUAUGUAAUGACAGGCAUGUAUGGAGACCCCUCAGAGAUGGGUGCUGGGAUCUGCCUGCUCAUCAUCAUUCAGCUGUUUGUGGCCGGUCUGAUUGUGCUGCUGUUGGACGAGCUGCUGCAGAAAGGCUACGGUCUGGGCUCUGGCAUCUCCCUGUUUAUUGCCACCAACAUCUGUGAGACCAUCGUCUGGAAGGCCUUCAGCCCCACCACAGUCAACACUGGCCGAGGAACGGAGUUUGAAGGUGCCAUCAUCGCUCUCUUCCACCUGUUGGCGACCCGGACAGACAAGGUGCGGGCCCUGAGAGAAGCCUUCUACCGUCAGAACCUGCCUAACCUCUUGAACCUCAUCGCCACCGUCUUCGUCUUUGCGGUUGUGAUAUACUUUCAGGGCUUCAGGGUGGACCUGCCCAUCAAGUCUGCCCGUUACCGUGGCCAGUACAACACUUAUCCCAUCAAGCUCUUCUACACCUCCAACAUUCCCAUCAUCCUCCAGUCUGCCCUCGUCUCCAACCUGUACGUCAUCUCCCAGAUGCUUUCCACGCGGUUUAGCGGCAACUUCCUGGUUAACCUAUUGGGCACCUGGUCUGAUACUUCAACUGGAGGACCAGCUCGUGCUUACCCGGUUGGAGGCCUCUGCUACUACCUCUCCCCCCCAGAGUCCUUUGGCUCGGUUCUCGAUGACCCCAUCCACGCUGCCAUCUACAUCGUCUUCAUGCUGGGCUCCUGCGCUUUCUUCUCCAAGACAUGGAUCGAGGUUUCAGGAUCCUCCGCCAAAGACGUGGCUAAGCAGCUGAAGGAACAGCAGAUGGUGAUGAGGGGUCACAGAGAGACCUCCAUGGUACAUGAGCUCAACAGGUACAUUCCUACGGCUGCAGCCUUCGGUGGCCUAUGCAUAGGUGGGCUGUCCGUCAUGGCAGAUUUCCUGGGUGCCAUCGGGUCAGGUACUGGAAUCCUUUUGGCUGUCACCAUCAUAUACCAGUACUUUGAGAUCUUCGUCAAGGAGCAGAGCGAAGUGGGCAGCAUGGGAGCGCUGCUAUUCUAAAGAACCCGUCCUCCAACAUGCCACAGAUGGACAGCAUGUCCUCCACAAAUUCUUCGUCUUUAUUUUACAUUGUAUCUAAUGCACACAAAUCAGUACAUUCUGCCACUGGGAUACGUCCUUUUUUCUCAGCUUCUUUGCUUUCCAGGUUGCUGUUGAGGGUUCAUAUGAAGACUUGAUCUCACUGGGAAACAAAUGUAGCAUUUGUUUCUGUGUUCAGGGUGGAAUUGUUCCUGUUCUGUCCCAGUUUUUUUUUCUUUUUCUUCAUUGCCCUUCCUCUUUCUGACCAGCCAGGCUACUCUGCCUACCCUCUCAAUUUUACAGAAUAUUUAAAAGCACAUAGGUCUGCCAAGAUUUCAUUGACCGACCUCUAACGAGGAUGGUUGAAGCUUGCUGAAGGAAAUUGAAAAGAGACCAUCUUAAGGAGUCUGCUUAGACCAACUCAAGCACUACACCUGGACAUGUUUGGAAAGUGGACAGAAAGUCAAGCCAAGUCAUGUUCAGUUCAGGUCAUUGUACGCUGUGCAGGGGGUUUGAAGAGACACAUUGGGAUGAGAAAGUAUAAAGGAAAUAUACUUGUACAUGUAUUCUUUAUGGCUCUGGGAAUUCCCCAUAAGCAUUGUUGGUUUUCAUUAACCUUUUUAUAAUUUAAAAAAAAUCAUGGAAUAUAUUUGUAUUCAUGCUGGUCUUAUGGAGGGCAUGUUUGUCCUUUGUCUACAAAGGAAGAGAUCGUCUUGUUGUGGUCUUACUUCCAGACUGAAUUGUUGCAGAAACUGCCUAGAUGUGCUUGGAUGAGGGGGGUUUGUUGGGGAUGGAAUAGGGUUUUAUUUUUUGUUUUUUACUUCUGUAUUGGACAUAAUUGUUUUAUUAAAAAAAAAAA